AUGACGAAGAGGUUGAAUAGAGUGGUCUAUAAAGCCAGCCAGCCCUUGACCCACGCUGUCCCUCCCCCUGACCACACUCCCUUUAAAUACCUCCCUCCCCCAGUGAGUGCGUGUGGAAGUGCUCGGUGCGUGCGCUCGGACUGUGCUCUCGGCUUUGACAACGUCUCACUUCGCUUUUCGUUGUGGAGAGAUGGGAAAUCAGAAGAAAUGGCUUUGAGACGCUGCGUGCUCGCUCUAGUGGCCCUGCUAGGGUUCUCCGCCGUGGGUGAAGGUCUGCAUUGUAACUGCACAAACUGUGAGAAGACUGGAUAUGAGUGUCAGACAGAUGGCGCCUGCAUGGCCUCCACGUACUUCAUCCAGGGCAAAGAGCAGCAUGUGCGCAUCUGCAUCAACAGGGAUGACUUGAUGCCCCCGGGGCAGCCCUUCUACUGCCUGAGUGCAGAGGGGCUGCUCAACACGCACUGUUGCUACAGCGACUACUGCAACAGUAUCGACCUCAAAGCCCCUGUUCCCACAAAGGCGGGCUGGUCGGCUAGUGGCAGCUCGUGGGGCCCGGUGGAGCUGGUGGCAGUGAUCGCGGGGCCGGUGUUCCUGCUGUGUGUCCUGCUGAUGGUGGCCGUGUUCCUGUUCCAGCACCAGCAGAGGGCGUACGGUCAGAGGCAGCGGCUGGAGAUGGAGGACCCCUCCUGUGAACACCUGUACCUGGCCAAGGACAAGACCCUGCAGGACCUCAUCUACGACAUGUCCACAUCCGGCUCCGGAUCAGGCCUACCCCUGUUUGUGCAGCGAACUGUGGCCAGGACAAUCGUGCUACAGGAGAUCAUCGGAAAGGGUCGUUUUGGAGAAGUGUGGAGGGGCAAGUGGAGAGGGGGGGAUGUGGCGGUGAAGAUCUUUUCAUCCAGAGAGGAACGCUCCUGGUUCAGAGAAGCAGAAAUCUACCAGACAAUCAUGCUGCGCCACGAGAACAUUCUGGGCUUCAUUGCAGCCGACAAUAAAGACAAUGGCACGUGGACUCAGCUGUGGCUGGUGUCAGACUAUCAUGAGUAUGGCUCUCUCUUCGACUAUCUGAAUUGUUACUCUGUCACAAUAGAAGGCAUGAUUAAGCUGGCUCUGUCCGCUGCCAGCGGCCUGGCACAUCUUCACAUGGAAAUCCUUGGCACUCAGGGUAAGCCUGGCAUCGCUCACAGAGACUUGAAGUCUAAAAAUAUCCUGGUGAAGAAGAACGGGAUGUGUGCCAUCGCUGAUCUUGGUUUGGCAGUUCGCCAUGAGUCCAUAACGGACACAAUCGAUAUAGCUCCAAACCAGCGUGUAGGGACCAAGAGGUAUAUGGCUCCAGAGGUCCUAGAUGAAACUAUCAACAUGAAACACUUUGAUUCUUUCAAAUGUGCUGACAUCUACGCACUGGGCCUAGUCUACUGGGAAAUCGCUCGACGCUGCAAUGCUGGAGGUAUUCAUGAAGAGUACCAGCUUCCAUACUACGACCUUGUGCCCUCAGACCCUUCCAUAGAAGAGAUGAGGAAGGUGGUGUGUGACCAGAAGCUUCGGCCUAACGUGCCCAACUGGUGGCAGAGCUACGAGUCUCUUCGCGUUAUGGGCAAGAUCAUGAGGGAGUGCUGGUACGCCAACGGAGCCGCCCGCCUCACCGCGCUGCGCAUCAAGAAAACCCUCUCCCAGCUCAGCAUAGAGGAGGACGUGAAGAUGUGA